UCCUCGUCGUCGUCGUCGUCGUCGAGUCAUCUCGCCGCCGUUCGCCGCCGCGUCGCGCAGCCCGAGCCGAGAUCCCUCCUCCCCCCCGGGCCGGAGAAGCGGAGAUAAGGCGAAGGGGACCGCCAUGGCGACCGCGUCAGUGUCGUUCAAGUCUAGAGAGGACCAUCGGAAGCAGCUCGAGCUCGAGGAGGCGAGGAAGGCUGGGCUUGCGCCCGCCGAGGUCGACGAGGAUGGGAAAGAGAUCAAUCCCCAUAUCCCCCAGUACAUGUCCUCGGCCCCAUGGUAUCUUAACGCCGAUAAGCCGAGUUUGAAGCAUCAACGGAAUUGGAAAUCAGACCCAAAUUACACCAAGUCAUGGUAUGAUAGGGGUGCUAAACUUUUCCAGGCUAACAAGUACAGGAAAGGAGCUUGUGAGAACUGUGGAGCCAUGACUCAUGACAAGAAGUCAUGCAUGGAGCGGCCUCGAAGUGUGGGAGCUAAAUGGACCAAUAUCAACAUAGCACCAGAUGAGAAAGUGGAGUCAUUUGAGCUAGAUUAUGAUGGGAAGCGUGAUCGCUGGAAUGGUUACGACCCAUCAACCUACACUCGUGUUAUUGCGGAUUAUGAAGCUAGAGAAGAGGCUAGGAAAAAGUAUCUGAAGGAGCAACAGCUCAAAAAACUUGAGGAGAAGGAUGGUGAGGAUGGUGUUGAGAAUGCGGCUAGUGAGGAGGAUGAAGAAGAUGGUCUGAAGAUAGAUGAGGCUAAAGUUGAUGAGAGUGCUCAAAUGGAUUUUGCUAAGGUAGAGAAGCGUGUGCGUACAACAGGUGGUGGAAGCACAGGAACUGUGAGGAAUUUGCGUAUUAGAGAAGACACUGCAAAGUAUCUUCUGAACCUUGACGUGAACUCUGCAUACUAUGAUCCCAAAACCCGCUCUAUGCGUGAAGAUCCUUUGCCAGAUGCAGACCCCAAUGAUAAAUUCUAUGUGGGUGAUAACCAAAAUCGUCUUAGUGGACAAGCUCUGGAGUUCAAGCAACUCAACAUCCAUGCAUGGGAAGCUUUUGAGAAGGGGCAGGAUAUCCAUAUGCAAGCUGCCCCAUCUCAAGCUGAACUACUAUUCAAGAGUUUUCAAAUCAAAAAGGAGAAACUGAAAUCUGAAAACAAGGACAAAAUUAUGGAGAAAUAUGGGAAUGCUGCAUCGGAAGAACCAAUUCCACGGGAACUUCUUCUUGGACAAAGUGAGAGAGAGAUUGAAUAUGACCGAACUGGUCGAAUAAUCAAAGGACAGGAUGUAGCUCUUCCCAAGAGCAAAUAUGAAGAGGAUGUCUUCAUUAAUAACCAUACAACUGUGUGGGGUUCAUGGUGGAAAGAUCAUCAAUGGGGCUACAAGUGUUGCAAGCAGACUAUCAAGAACAGCUAUUGCACAGGCUUGGCUGGAAUUGAGGCUGCUGAAGCAUCUGCAGAUUUGAUGAAGACAAAUAUGGCCCGCAAGGAGGCUGCAGAAGAUGAGCCUGUACGACAUGAAGAAAAGCGACUGGCCACUUGGGGAACUGAUGUUCCUAACGAUCUUGUUCUGGACAAGAAGCUGCUUGAUGAAGCCCUAAAGAAGGAGGGUGCGAGGAGGAAGGAGGAGAUGGAUGAAAGGAAGAGGAAGUACAAUGUGAAAUGGAAUGACGAGGUUACUGCAGAAGACAUGGAGGCAUACCGCAUGAAGAGAAUUCACCACGAUGAUCCUAUGAAGGAUUUUCUCCGUUAGGCCUCGUAUGCUCCACACUUGCUCGUAUAUGAGCACCGCACACUUGCCUUUCAGGGUUACUUGUGUAAUUUUAUUAGCUGUGGCUAUUUCUUUCUCUAAAACAACUGGAGUGAUAAUCUAGAGCUAAGAGCUCUCUACCUCUCUUCCAGGUGUUACCAUCUCUUGUCGAGAUGCUUGUGUUUGUAUUGAUGGUCACACUUUAAAAAUUAAAUGAUGAUAUGGAAAAAUGAGUUGGAUA